AUGCGUGAUUUAAGGCAUUCGAACAUCGUGCGAAUCAUCGGUGUCAGCGGUGUGGACGAAUCAGAACGCGCAGAGAUAUGUAUACUCAUGGAGUUCUUGCCCGAAGGGGAUCUGUGUCACUACCUACGGAAGAACACCCAGAUAUCUGAGGCUGAGAGGCUGUCCUUCUGUUACCAGAUUGCAGACGCAUGUGCGUACAUUGCCAAUCACGGGCUAGUCCAUCGUGAUUUAGCUGCGCGCAACUGUCUCUUGGGCUCUACGGGGCCACACGGAUACCCCGUGUGCAAGGUGAGAUCAUUGCAUAUGGUAGAGGAUGUCUAG